AUGGAGACCGCUUCUUUGGUGAAGGCGACGUCGUCCUUGCUUCGUCAAGAUACUGCGGACUGUUCUUGGCGCUCUUUCGAUGGGACGUUCUACUGCGUGCACUCGUCCUUCAAUGCGUUCCCCGGCAUUCCGGUCUACGCGUCUCGAGACUUGCAGCACUUCAAGCAGAUUGGCAAUGUCAUAUCUCGUCAGGAGCAGCUCCCAGGGCUAGCAAACACCAAUGGUAGCACUAGUGGUGUUUGGGCAGCUACAAUACGCGAGCAUGAUGGGAUGUUCUACGUGACGACAACCUUGGUUUACGACAAUAUGUCUCAGCAGAAUCUGUCGCGGUGGGACAACAUCUUGUUCACAAACCCAGACCCAAUCGGUAACCCUAACGGCUGGUCAGAUCCGAUCCACUUUUACUUUCCAGGCUAUGAUACUUCCCUCUUCUGGGACUACGAUGGCAAGAUUUGGGUGCAGGGUAGUCAUGCAUGGCAGAUUUAUCCUCAGAUUCAACAAUAUCAGAUCGAUCUAUCUACAGGGCAGUCGCUGAGUGGUGAUCCAGUCAUGAUGUGGAAUGGAACUGGCGGUCCUGAAGGUCCACACAUCUACAAGAAGGAUGGUUGGUACUAUCUAUUGAUUGCUGAAGGCGGGACUGGACUUAGCCAUAUGGCUACUAUGGCGAGAAAUCCAGUCUUGACAAAUGCCAACACGACUUUGUACUUGCAGACUGUGGGUCACGCGGACAUAUUCAACGACACGGCCGGCAACUACUGGGCAGUAGCACUGGCUACACGGAAUGGGACGAAAAACUACCCGAUGGGUCGAGAGACAGUGAUGGUACCUGUCGACUGGUCUGGGGAUUGGCCGAUAAUCACCGAGAAAGGGGCCAUGCAAGGUCCUCUUUCACCGAGCGAGUCUGCUAUCGACAGUGAAUCGCUCGCCUAUGAGCAGGCCACGGGUCAUCUGGCUGGAGCAGAUGAAUGGGAGCUCUUCGCGCCUGGCUCGACCCUCCCAGCACAUUACCUCUACCUUCGUAUUCCGGAUACGUCCAAGUACGCAGUCUCUCUUGAUGGACAUCCAUACUCCCUGUCAUUGCUCGGGAGCUGGCGGAAUCUGACAGGCACAGACGGUCGGACAGGUAACCCGACCUUUGUCGGCAGAAGGCAAACUCAAGUGAGGUUCGAGUCGAUGGUCGACCUUGACUUUGACCCCCAGCUGGAUGGCGAAGAGGCAGGCUUGACCGUCUUCCUACAGCAGGCGCAGCACUUCGACUUGGGCGUAGCUUCGCUGUCCGCCUCGUCUGCCAGUCAGCAAGGAUACCCCGCUGCCGGAAACAGUAGCCAGCUUUCACGCUAUAUCCGAUUGCGCGCCGUCACGGUUAAUUCGACACAUCAAGGCACCGUCGACCCCAUCUCGACACCAAUGAUCUUUCCUCUUAACGUGUCACUAGGCGAACCAGUUAAGCUUACGCUUCGCGUGCAGGCGCCGAAUGAGUCCAGGUACCUCUUCAGUUGGUCUGAAACAGGCUCGGGCAUCUGGAACGACAUUGGCGGCGGUGACGCGACUCAAGUGAGCGGGGGAUUUGUCGGAACAAUCAUAGGUAUGUUCGCCACGGGCAAUGGUGUGAAUAGUACAACACCGGCAUACUUCUCCAACUUCAUUUACUCGGGCUGGCGAGAUUUUCCCGGUCAGCCGUAG